UUUUUUUAGAUGAUAAAAAAGCAUGCAAUACCAGGAGCUACUGAAGAUCAGAUCGUGAAAGCGGCCAUCGAAAGGCGAUACCAGUAAAUUGGUCUAAUACAGCAGAGAAGUAGAGUGCGGGUAGCAACUGUUGGACCGCCGGAGGAGCAUUUCCUCCCGACGACUGCGGAAGACGACCAAGUUAGAACGCCGACCUUCAAAUACCGUUUAUCUGCGGCGGCCUGAAGGCGGAGCCUGGAGGCCGCUUGGAGAAAUCCCCUUUGCGAUGCUGGCAGUGGAGGAUAGCGACGCCGGGGUGGCGCCUCUCUGCCACAACGCCGGAAACUAAAGAAAGUGGGCGACGCCGGAAUGUCAUAACCCCUUUGCGACGCUGACAGCAGAGGAUUGGGGCGCGGCGGUAUUUAUCUCCUCCCUGCAACAACGCGAACGGUGAAGGGGUCAAGCAUUUCUUGGGAAAUCUUCUUUUUUGUAUCUCCUUAGCCUUGAAGCAAGUGGGGCUUAGACAGGAGAGAGAGAGAGAGAGAGAGAGGGAGAGAGAGAGAGAGAGAGAGAGAGAGAGAGAGAGCUCUUCGAACGGAGAACGGCAGCAGACCCCUGCAACUGUCCAGUUUCUGAAGCAAGAAAAGGAAACACAGAAGAAGAAGCAGAUUCCUUUGGUUUUUCCAGUUGCUGGAUUUGGAGGCAGAAAGAUGAUGAUGUUGAGGCACCUUUGCAAGGCCACUCAGCACCGUUUUCAAUUUCUUCAUAACCCCAUGAAGCUUCAGAGAGGGGCAAUGCACAGCAGGAACAAACAAGCCAUGGAGUUUAUAGCCAGAGGAUGGAGCGCAUUGAAGGAAGUCGAUAGAGUCAUCGACUACGCCGACCUGAAUGACCGCCGCCUGAUUCCGCUUCUCUUGACUGCAAAGGAGAAUUUUGAGCUGGCUUUGGAGGCAGAUAAUUUGAAUACACAUGCUCGAUAUUGGCUAUCUAGAUUACACCUCAAGUACCAUGUUCCUGGUGCCUGUAAAGCCAUAGGUGCUGCUUUGCUUGUGGAAGCUGCAGACAUGGGUGAUGCUGAUGCACAGUAUGAGCUUGUUUGUCGCUUACGAGCAAAGCAUGACAUCAUUCGGGCAGAGCAACAAGCUUUCUGUUACCUGGAAAAGGCUGUUGAUCAGUUACAUCCAGGUGCCUUGUAUCUUCUAGGAAUUAUGCAUUUGACUGGCGAAUGGGUCAAGAAAGAUAUUGAUUUGGCUAUUUGGUGCUUCCAUAGAGCAUCAGAGAAGGGACAUGCUGGGGCUGCAAUAGCAUAUGGGUCACUUCUUCUAAAAGGUGCAAAGGUUCCUGAUUCGAUUAACAAACUCUCCCUAAAGAGGGUUGGCCCAAGCAAGAACACUAAGAUCGAUGAUGCUGAUCCUAUUGAACUGGCCAAGAGGCAGUUUGAGAUAGCUGCAAAAGCAGGAUGUGACCUUGGUUUGAUAUGGUUGCAACGUCUUUUAGAAACUGAGAAAGUACAAUCAGAUUGAUGUCUCAGCGCGUGCAAAACAACCAUUGUCUAAGUUAAGCUGUAAAUCAUGGAGAGAAGCUUAUGAGAGUAUGGCUGAAGUAUAAUUUUCUUUUUCUUUUUCUACCUUAUAUGAUUAAAUUUAAUGGUGCGACUUUCUUAUUUUAGGAUUAAUCAGUAUUCUUCCGAGCCUCAAAUCCAAUUUUCCAUUUAUUUACUUUUGUGAAGCUGGUGGCAGAUUUAGAUUCUUGGUUUCGAAGAAUCCUCAGUCUCCAUGUGAAUUCAUCCUGUCUUUGAGAAUGGGUUGGGCUGAGGCAACUGUUCCGUCCGUAUAUCUUAAUGAUCUUGAGAUUUUUUAAUAAUAUAGAUUAAUAAUACCUCUCUCUCU